GCCAGUUUCAUGUAUAACGCAGAAUCGUUUUUUUCUCUAUGCGAUAUCGUGAAUUUUAUAUUGUUGAUUUCAGUCGAAUAAAUUCAUAAUUUUUUGAAAAUUAACUGGUAAAAAGUAGAAUAGUUUGUGAAUUUGAACUGAAAUUGAAACAACAAAUCAGUAAGAUGAGCUUCUUUUCUUAUUUUAUCUUUUAUAAUCGUUACAUUAACAGAUUAGUAUAGAACGAAGUCUAAAAUUUUUCAAAGGAACAUAUGAUAAAUACUGAAUCAAUAAUUUACUAUCAGACUAUCGAAAGAGUUUAAAAACGAUUGAUUUAGGAAGAAAACUCCAUAGACAAGAUUUUACUAUUGAAUUCAAUAUCUCAUCAUUAUAAAACAACUUGUAUAUCUUUUUUCUUAUUUUUUUUCUCUUUUACUCUCUCUCUCUCUCUCUCACUCACUCUCCUUUCUCUCUCGCUCUCUCUCUCUCUCACUCUUCACUAUCUCUUUAUAUACAAUAAAUUUUUUUUAUAGAUAUACAGAACAUUAAAGACUUUAUUGAACCUGGUAAGGAUAAACAAUUUAUAAGGUUAAAUACUAAAAAUCCAACAAUUAAGGCUUUUAUAUAAACUAUGGGUAAGAGUUUUAACAGUUUUUUUCACCUUUUUUAGAAGAGGGAAUACAAAGUUUUUGACAACAUCUAGAAAAUCAGAGAUAAAUUGUUAACAUGAAGAAAUUUAUUGCUUUAGCCGUUCUUGUAUACGCUAUUUAUUCUUUUUGGGAACCUUUUGACCCUGAAAAUGUUAAUGGAAAGAAUGUUGUUCUGACUGGGGCAACUAGUGGCAUAGGAGAGCAGAUGGCUUAUGAAUUCGCUAAAUUAGGGGCUAAUCUAAUCAUUACUGCUAGAAGGGAGAACAGAUUACGUGAGGUUAUUGCAAAAUGUAAAGAGCUUAAUCCAAAUGCCCAGUAUCACUAUUUUCCUGCCGAUAUGAGUAACAUGGAAGAUAUAAAUGGCCUUAUAAAGUUUACAAAGACCCAAUGGGAAAGCCUUGAUUAUCUUGUGUUAAAUCACAUUCUUGUGCACAAUCUUGGCUGGUGGAUUGGAUCGAAUACCAAUGCUACUCUUCUAAAUACGAUUAUGGAUACAAAUUUCAAGGCCUAUGUUACCUUGUCAUCUGGGCUUAUGUCUUUAGUGGAGAAAGCCAGUGGAAGAUUAGUUGUUAUGAACUCCGUUGCUGGCAAGAUAGGCCAACCCUAUUUAGCGGCCUACAGCGCUUCUAAAUUUGCUUUGAACGGUUUCUUUCAAGCUCUAGGAGCUGAACUAAAGUUGAAAGAAGCAAAAGCAACCAUUACCAAUUGUAUAAUUGGUUUAAUUAAUACCGAAAAUGCUGUAAAUAAUUUAAAAAAUUUUGGUCUGGGAAAAAUAGUGAAGGCUUUUUCUCCGGCGACACCGCAAGAUUGGCCGUGCUAUCCUGGAACAUACGCCGAUACUAACGAGCAUGAUGAAGGUUUUUGUCGACCUUGCCCUAGAGGAUUUUAUCAACCCUAUUACACUAGAGACUACUGCCUCCCCUGCUAUUAUAAUAUGUUUCAACUCGGAGCUAAAUAUUGCGCAUCUCCUCCUGCAAAGAAGUUCUUUUAG